AUGUCGUGGGAUUCCAAGUCAGCAUUGCGCCGGCGCCAAAGCAGCAACGCCGCCGCACCCAAAAACCUCCCUAUCCAUACCCGCCAACAGUCCAAGUCAACCAUUCAGCCCAAGUCGAGCCACGUAGCGGACGACUUCCUUCAGGACUUCUUGGACCCCUCGUUCGACCCUGCCGCAUAUCUGAACGCUACGCUCCCGCCUCUCCAACAUGGGAGCAGUCAUUCAUCACGGAGCGGGGGCCCAACCGUCCCGCUGGCCGAACUGUCUAACGAGGCGCAGACGCUGCUAUCUCAACUUAACAUUCACACGACAAGGCUUUCGGGCACGCUCACUCAGCUAACGGACGACAUUUUACGGAGCGGCAGUCGACUUGCUUACGAGGUCGAGCUUCUGCGAGGCGAGACGUUGAGUCUAGCCGAGACGAUGAAUGAGACGCUGCAGGAGGACAUCAAGAAGUUUGUGCCAAGCGGUCUGGCAGAGAGUACUGCAGACAAGACAACACCCAAGGUGGCCAGUGGAGAAGAAAGCAGGGAAUUUGUCGGCGCUACCAAGGCAGGUGAGGGCACAGCUGGGGAGGGAGAGGCGGUUACUGAGCCGCCGUACAUCCACCAGUUGCGGACGUUGACGGUGGUGCGCUCUCGCCUCGACACCGUCAUCAAGACCUUUGGCGACGCCAUGGAGUUCGUCUUCCCGCCGUCAGAGUUAUCGGUCAGUUCGUCCUUUCUGUCUGUCUCGGCGCCGGAGCCUGGGGCGGAGCAGCACAGCACGGAGGAGAAGGGGCAACAGGUCCUUCAGAAGCUGCGGGAUGAGAUCUCACAGCUGCUGACCAAGUCGGAGGACCCGGUCAAGGGGAUCGAGAAGGCGGCACAGCGCAUCGAAGAGCUCAAGGAGCUGAAUCAGGUGUGGAAAGGAACGGCGGAGGAAAAGGGCCGGACAAAGUUUAUCGAGAGCCUGGCCAAGAUGGUCGAGGACCGGCACAGGGACCUCAUGAGGGAGGUUGACCAGGCGAGCAAGAGGGAUGGGGGCGAUGGAAGGACGAGGAAGGGGAGCAUUCACGCCGACGCAACGGAGAACAAGACCUAUCUUGGAGGUUAUGGUUUGAUGAGCCAGCUGCAGAAGCUCAGAAAUGGGUUAUAG